UACGCUACAGUAACAGUCCACAAGCUGUUUCCAGGAAUGUGAGCAGAAUGUAAACAGAUCUCCGGUGCUUGCUAACGGCUGUUAACAUAGUUGUUUACUAUCUCUAAGUACUGUCGCCACAGUUAUGGCUUCACGAUAGAAACUUUUAACUAAGAUGGCACAUAUUGACUGAUUCCUUAUUCGCCGUCUUCCUCUUCUCUCUUCUUGAUUGCACACAUGAUUUAACUGCUAUCAUAAUGACUAAGGACAUCGUUGUUGGAGAUGAGCUGCCAGACUGGGUGGGGGCAAAGGAGUUCUACCAGAAAUAUGACCCCAAGGAGGUGAUUGGCAGGGGUGUGAGCAGUGUGGUGCGCAGGUGUGUGCACAGACACACAGGUCAGGAGCUGGCAGUAAAGAUAAUUGAAAUCACAGCGGAGAAGAUGACUGCUCAGCAGCUGGAGGAGGUGAAGACCUCUACGCUUAAAGAGAUUCAAGUGCUCAACAUGGUGAAGGGACACUCCUCAAUCAUUACUCUUAUUGAUUCCUAUGAGUCCACAACAUUCAUAUUUUUGGUGUUUGACUUGAUGAGGCGUGGAGAGCUGUUUGACUACCUCACAGAAAAAGUUACGUUGAGUGAGAAGGAAACAAGGAGCAUGGUUCGAGCGCUGCUGGAGGCUGUGCAGUACCUCCACUCACUCAACAUCAUCCAUCGGGAUUUAAAGCCUGAGAAUAUUCUCCUGGACGAUCAUGGACACCUCAAACUGUCUGACUUUGGUUUCUCAGUGCAGUUAGAACCUGGAGAGAAACUUAGAGAGCUUUGUGGCACACCCGGUUAUUUGGCCCCUGAGAUACUUAAGUGUUCAAUGGAUGAUGUGCACCCCGGCUACAGUAAAGAGGUCGAUCUCUGGGCCUGCGGUGUGAUCCUUUUCACCUUAUUGGCCGGCUCACCGCCAUUCUGGCAUCGUAAACAGAUGCUGAUGCUGAGGAAGAUCAUGGAGGGCCGCUAUCAGUUCAGCUCCCCAGAGUGGGACGACCGCUCUGACACUGUAAAAGAUCUGAUAUCCAGGCUGCUGGUGGUGGAACCAGCUGUCCGUCUCACCGCAGAGCAAGCCUUAGCACAUCCAUUCUUCAGACAGUACCAGAAGGAGGAUGUGCGGCUCUUCAGUCCAAGAAAGACUUUCAGGGUGUUGAUCGUGAGUGUUCUGGCCUGUAUCAGGAUGUAUAGUAAGUACCGCAGGGCUCGGCCACUCACUCGGGAGGUGUUGGCCAGAGACCCGUACUCCCUUCGCGGCGUCCGCAAACUCAUCGACGGGUGUGCCUUCCGGAUCUACGGGCACUGGGUGAAGAAAGGGGAGCAGCAGAACCGAGCCGCUCUCUUCCAGAACACAGCUAAGAUCGUGCUGCUGGGCCUGGAGGACUUUGAGACAUAGAAGGUCCACCUCUUUCCCUAUAACCUUGAUUUAUUUUAUUUAAACAUCAGCAUGUGCAGUCAUGUAAGUGUUUGUCUUGUAACAUUACUGUGUUUAAUUUAAGGAGAGGACUUCAGGGAUUGAGACGUCUGAAUGCCUUAAUGUGCACGGUGGUUUAGUUUACAUUAAGCAUGCACAACUUAACCUCCUUAUCUGCUCUUUGAUCCAAGUUUGUGACUGUUAAAAGUCUUGUCAGGUCACCGUGUUUGCUGCAGAGAACAUAUUGCACAAUCAUUUGAUAAAACGCAUAACAUACAUGUACUUUUUGUAUAUUUAGGAUUUUCAUUUUGAUGGUCAGUUGGAUGUUAUUCUGUCUCUGAUCACUGUGUGGUUCAAGUGCACUGUGAGUCAUAUUUAACACACACUUUUGUUGUAACAAGGUGAUUUAAAGAUAUUCCACUACAAACUAGCACUGCAGGAUUUGUGUGAAACGAUCAAGUACAGUCUUUUCUGAGAGAUUUUUGGAAGAGAAUCCUGUACCUGUCAUGCAUGCAGACAUUCCUCUAUAGAGAAAAUCUACCUACAUUAACUGUGAAGUCCAUUGGUGAAUAUAUUUCCUAUUAAAACUAACCAACACCAUUCCCUACUCUGUCUAUGUUUUAGUUAAAGAAGUUGCACUUUCCUGAAAGUGCCUAAUUGUAGAAAAGCAGAUGUAUGUACUUAUGGUGUUGAAAAAGAUAUAUAAACAAUAAAUCCAACAUUUGCAUUUGAA